GCUGGUCGAAGUGAGCCAGCCAAUGGUUGAUUCCCAACGAAUUGAAACCUACGCUGAUUGCCCUGAGGCCCACUGGAAUCUUUGGCGCCUUGGUUUUAAUGGUGGAUGUGUGAUGAGCGAGUGAAACGACCAGUGAAAUGGCGGGGAGGUGGCUACAGAGAGCGUGGGCGGAGAAGCGUGAUGACUAGCAGACGGUUCUGCCAAUGAAGGGCGGGAGGCUCUGGAGGGGGCCGGGUGAAUAACCUAGAAGCGGGCGACUUUGGCAGUCGGGUGUGUGCCAUGGCGGAGCCGGUGAGGAAGCGGGGUCGGUGGGCCCGAGGCAGCUGUGUCGGCCGAGGAACUCGGGGGACCCGGGGCGGCCGGGGCCUGCGACCUGGCGCCCAGCGGUCUCCAGCCCGGAGCUCCGUGGAUUCGGUACUUGUGGACUUGGUCAGCGACAGUGAUGAGGAAAUCCAGGAGGUUUCAACGACGCACGGCGCAGCGGACCCGGUCGAGGUCCCUCUCCCCGAGUCCCCCGGGCCGGCCGCGCUUCGGGACGACAGCGACAGUGACAGCGAAGGGGCAGACGCACGGCCGGCUGGAGCCCCUCCGGCCCUGGUCAGGCGGCGGCGGCGGCUACUGCUGGAUCCGGGGGAAGCACCGGUGGUUCCAGUGUACUCCGGGAAGGUGAAGAGUAGCCUGCACCUUAUCCCAGAUCACCUGUCUCUCCUGAAACUGUGUCUCCCAGGGACAGAGGAAGAGGAGGAUAUGGCAGAUUCUAGCAGUCCCCAUGCGGAGGAUCCCCCAGUUCCAGAGUCUCCCUGGAAGAAGAAGCUGAGGAGUAAGGCUGAAGAAGGAAACAAGAAAAAGAAGGUGUCUCCGGCUCAGGACACCUCCCCUUUGCCCCCAUCUCCACCAAGGACCAAAAGCAGAAAACAUACCCGGGCACUCCGGAAGUUAAGGGAGGUGAACAGGCGCCUCCAGGAUCUCCGUUCCUGCCUGAGUCCCAAACAGCGCCAGGGCCAGGACCAGCUGAGCCAAGAUGAUGAGGUGGUCCUUUUGGAGGGGCCCGUCCUCCCUAGGAGCCCCCGUCUCUUCCCACUCAAAAUCCGGUGCCGUGCUGACCUGGUCAGGUUGCCCGUCAGAAUGUCGGAGCCCCUACAGAGUGUGGUGGACCACAUGGCCACCCAUCUUGGGGUGUCCCCAAGCAGGAUCCUCUUGCUCUUUGGAGAGACAGAGCUGUCCCCUACUGCCACUCCCAGGACCCUAAAGCUUGGAGUAGCUGACAUCAUUGACUGUGUGGUGCUGGCAAGUUCUCCAGAGGCUGCAGAGACAUCCCACCUGCUGCAGCUGCGGGUGCAGGGGAAAGAGAAACACCAGAUGCUGGAAGUCUCGCUGUCCCGGGAUUCUCCUCUCAAGACCCUCAUGUCCCACUAUGAGGAGGCCAUGGGACUCUCCGGCCACAAGCUCUCCUUCUUCUUUGACGGGACAAAGCUUUCAGGCACGGAGCUGCCGGCUGACCUGGACAUGGAAUCGGGGGACCUCAUUGAGGUCUGGAGCUGAAACCCCACUCCUUAUUGGGAGGCCCAGCUCGACUUGGGGAGAAUGGCUGUCCCCUUUUGGCUCUAUAAGGGCUGGCUGGAACUGAGGUGGAACUUAUCUUUCAGCUAAAGCAAAAUCAAGGCAUGGUAUCUGAUCUCCUCUCCCGUGGACCCUGGAUUUAAGCUGUUAGUUACCUGCUUAGUUUUUUGGUCCUCACUGCUGCCCUGGGCAGACUGUCUCCAUUCACACAGUGUGUCGAGUUGCACAACCUCCUGGGACACCCCUCACUCCCACCCUUUCCUUUACCAGAAUGUCUGUUUUGAAAUGAAAUUGCUCAUGUUUGAAGAGGGAGUUGAUAAAUUGGGGCUGAGAAUGGGAUUCCAGGCCUGGGACUCACGCCACAUCUAGGGCCAGCGGUGGCCUUAGCUUCAUUAGGGGGUAGGCAGUGAAGUUUGCUUGCGGCACAUACACCUGCGUGGUUCCUUGGCUUGCAGGAAAAUAAAUGGUCGAGCUCCCAUAUGCACAAACUUAAGCACAGGACUGUGGGUUACUCCUUUAAAGGGUAUUGAAGGGCUCAGCCUUGGAUGUCUAACUCGCCCUGGGACCCUUGGCAGCCCCUUUCUGAUGCACACACAUUAUUUGAGGCACAGUUGAGCACAGGGGGCCUUUGGUUUCAGAUCUCAGAUUCCAGUCCAUGCAAGGCUUCUCUGGUCUUAAUGGCUUUUCUCCCCUUCCUCUCCCAUAAGCACCAAGCUAGGGUGUUGAUUGCAUGUCUUUGAAUAUGAAUGUGUCCUCGUAAAAUGCGAUACUGCACGUGUGAACAUCCUCCUUAUAUAUGUGGGUUUGUGCUAUAGAUGUGUGGCUUUUCUUUUGACUCAACGCGUGCUGCUUGUUUUACACCUGCUUCAAACUGAUCUCCAACAUUCUGCAGUGGGCGUCAGCUGCGUGUUGCUCACCUGUUCACUGGCGGACUCCCAGGUGACUGCAGCCUCGGGUUCCUACAACAUCUUGGCAUGUAGACGAGGCCACGGAGAUCAUCUUGUUAUGUGUCUCCUUCUGUGCUUGUGUGGAAAGUUUUCCAGCAUAGGUACCCGGGUGGGAUUACAGGUCAGACAGGUUAAUUUAUCUAUGGUCCUGCCAAAUUUCUCUUUAGAUGGUCACUGACCCUCCCCAGGAAGCUUCCCAUUUUCCUCACCUCGCAAGCACUUUCAUGGCCCAGCAUUCUAUUCCUGCCAGUCUGAGGGGUGCAGGUAGUGCUGUGUUUUCAUGCACAUUCGUCUCAUCCCCGGGAUUCGUGGGCUUCCUUCACAUGCCUGUCAGCCUUUCUGGCUCCCCUUUCUGUGAACGGUUCAUUUCUCUUUGUUCAUUUGCUCAUGGCAGCUUCCUGUGUCUUUGUUCUCCAGGGCUGCUUGUAUAUUCCUGGGCAGUUGCAAAUACUCUCAGAAUGGCACUUGGGUUUGUAUAUCUAGGAGUGCCCUUUACAGAACAGAAAGUUUUACUUUUAAUGGAGGUGAAUUAAGUCUUCUGUCAUAUCAUUUUGCUUUUUGACUUCUUAUUUAUAAGUAGUUAAGAUACUUCACAUUUUUUUCUGUUAGCUUAUUAGCUUUUCCUUUCACAUUUAAGCCACUGAAUAGGACUGAAGUCCAGCUAGUACAUGCUGGCGUUUGCAAAGGCUGGCGUCCCCCUACGUGGUCCAGUGUUUGUUCUCAUUGGUUGAUGCCAGGCUGUACUGGUUGCCAAAUAUUGAAUAUAACUUUUAAACUAUUUGAAAUUCA